CGUGAGUCCUCAAAAGUUUCAAAAUGUCAAGAAAAACAGAAGACACCGAAAACGAUGCUGGAUCAGAAUGCAACAAAUGUCUUCAUCGCUGGUCUUAGAAAGCACAUGAAAGGUGACGUCCUGAAAGCCUACUUUUCGAAGUGUGGCCACAUAAUCAACAUAUAUCGAGCUGUUUCUGUCCAAGCCCAUACUUUCCUGGGCUUUGGAUUUGUCAGCUUCGUCGAGGGCGCUGACGUGGAAGGCCUUUUGUCAACAGAACAGCACGAUAUUGGUUGUGGCUUCGUUAGGCUGCUUCACUAA